AUGCUCCCAUCAGCCUCGCGGCCCCGGCCGCCGCUUUUCAUUGCCGUCGCCGCCUCGCUCCUGCUCCUUUUCCUCUCGUGGUCGCACCUGGGGCUCGCUCGCCAAAAUGCGAUGAACGCCGAUUUCGUGCCCGAGACGGUGCAGCUGGACCAGAAUUUCGGCAAGCCCGCCCAUUCAGAGGGCCUCACCGAGCAGCCGCAGAAGCCCGACGUGGGAAAGCUCCCCUGCGCCAGCCUGCCCGGAGCCGAAGAUGUCUUUGUCGUCAUGAAGACGAGCACCACCGAGGUGCACGAGAAGCUGCCCACCCACCUGGAAACCACCUUCCGCUGCAUUCCCAACUUCGCCAUCUUUUCCGACUAUGAAGAGGAGGUCCACGGCCAGAAGGUGCAUGACCUUCUCGACGAGGUGAACGAGGAUCUCAGGCAAACCCACCCGGACUUUAGCCUGUAUAGGCAGCUGCACGAGUACAAGAGCAAGGGCAAGGACAUCACCGAACUCGCCGACGUCAUCCAGCACCAGGGCCUGAAGCUGGACAAGUGGAAAUUCCUGCCUCUUAUGGAGAAGGCGCUGAAGGCGCAGCCAGAAGCCAAGUUCUACUUUUUCAUGGAAGCCGACACCUAUGUCAUCUGGUCCAACUUGCUCAAAUGGCUGUCGUUUUUUGAGCCGGAGAAGCCGCUCUACGUCGGCGGCCAAAACUGGAUGCUGGACAAGCAGUUCGCCUCCGGCGGCUCCGGCAUCAUUCUGUCCAAGAACGCGCUCGAGCGGGUGGUGGCGCAGCGUAGAAACAACCUCGAGACGUUUGACAAGCUGACUGCCGCCGACUACGCCGGCGACGUGGUCCUGUCGAGGGUCAUGGAGACGGUCGCCGUGCCGCUGACGGGCGCCUUCCCCAUCAUCCAGGGAGAGAACCCGUACACACUGGACUACACCAAGAACCACUGGUGCUUCCCCGUGGUUUCUUACCACCACAUGAAGCCCGAGUGGACAAAGGCCAUGUGGGACUUUGAGCAGAGCUGGAUGAGCCAGGGUGCCGACCGCCCGACGCUCCGUCACCGCGAUGUCUUUGCGCAUGUUGUAGCCCCGCAGAUCUCGGGCGAGAAGGACAACUGGGACAACUUGUCAGACGACUACGAGGAGACGCCGCUGGAAUACUCGCUGCAAGGGUGCCGCGAGGCGUGUGCGCAGCGGGACGACUGCGUGCAGUACCUGUUCUCGCCCGGCCGGUGUCAGACUGGCAAGGUGAUACGUCUUGGCCAAGCCGGGUCGGAGAGGGACCCGGUCAACCUCGGCCAGGACACGACGAGUGGAUGGGUCGUCGACCGCAUCAACUCCUUCAUUCAGAGCGUCGAGCCGUGCCAGCAGGAUCACUGGAUCACCACGCCCGCCUCCAUGCAAUAA